ACAUCUUACACGCAACAAUUGUUCAUCUUUCACAGCUCAAAACAAUGCUCAGAUUCAUCCUCUCUUCUGCCAAAUCCAAACUAUCGAGAACACCAAUUAAUAGGUUCUCAUCAUCAUUUCCCAAUCUUUGUGGAAAAGCUUCAAGAUUUGGUGCUCACGGUAGUUUCUUAUCUGGAGCGAGGGGAUUCAGUAGUGAAUCAUGCAGAGAAGCGAUUGACUAUGAUGUGGUUAUUGUUGGGGCGGGGCCUGCCGGCUUAUCGGCGGCGAUACGACUGAAGCAGUUGUGCCGUGAGAAGAACGCCGACUUGUCAGUUUGUGUUGUCGAGAAAGGCGCCGAAGUGGGAGCUCAUAUUUUGUCGGGGAAUGUGUUUGAGCCGCGAGCUCUGGAUGAACUUCUCCCACACUGGAGGCAGGAAAAGACACCAAUUGAUGUCCCGGUUUCUUCUGAUAAAUUUUGGUUGCUUUCUAAGAAUCGGGCCUUUUCUCUUCCGAGUCCAUUUGAGAACAAAGGGAACUAUGUGAUAAGUUUGAGUCAAUUAGUUCGUUGGUUGGGACAGAAGGCUGAAGAAUUAGGAGUUGAACUAUACCCUGGCUUUGCUGCCAGUGAGAUUCUGUACAAUGAAAGUGAUGAGGUCAUUGGCAUUGCAACUAAUGAUAUGGGAGUGGCCAAAGAUGGCUCUAGGAAAGAGAACUUUCAGCAUGGAGUGGAACUGAAAGGACGUGUUACUCUCCUUGCAGAGGGUUGUCGAGGAUCAUUAGCAGAGCAAGUAAUUGGGAAAUACAAAUUGAGGGAGAAAGGAAACGGCCAACAUCAGACUUAUGCUUUAGGAAUUAAAGAAGUCUGGGAAAUUGAUGCAAACAAACACAGUCCUGGAGAUGUGCUUCAUACAAUAGGUUGGCCCUUGGACCACAAGACUUAUGGAGGAUCUUUCUUGUACCAUAUGAAAGAAAGACAGGUUGCAAUUGGCUUUGUGGUCGCUUUGAAUUAUCACAAUCCUUUCUUGAACCCCUAUGAGGAAUUCCAGAAAUUCAAGCAUCACCCUGCAAUUAGACCCCUUCUUGAGGGUGGAACAGUUCUCCAAUAUGGUGCUCGUACUUUAAACGAAGGAGGUUAUCAGUCUAUUCCAUAUCCAGUGUUUCCGGGAGGAGCAGUUAUAGGAUGCUCAGCAGGAUUCCUAAAUGUCCCAAAGAUAAAGGGAACUCAUACAGCCAUGAAAUCAGGAAUGCUAGCAGCAGAAUCUGCAUUUGAUAUGCUUCAGGGAGGGUCAAAUAUGGAAACUUUUUGGGACAGCUUAAGAAGUUCAUGGAUAUGGAAAGAACUUUACCAUGCUAGGAAUUAUCGUCCGGCAUUUGAAAAUGGGCUCUUUCCUGGCUUGGCAUUGAGUGCUAUAGAACACUAUAUACUCAAGGGAAGAUCUCCAUGGACAUUUAAGCAUGGGAAACCUGAUCAUGAAGCAAUAAGUGAAGCCAAAUCAUCCUUGCCCAUUGAGUACCCAAAACCAGAUGGAGCCAUCUCUUUCGACAUACUAACCUCUGUGUACAGGAGCAACACAAAUCAUGAUCAUGACCAACCAGCCCAUCUUCGAUUAAAAGAUCCUAAAACUCCAGAACUCGUGAACUUGCCCAAGUAUGCUGGACCCGAGUCACGAUAUUGCCCUGCACGAGUUUAUGAGUAUAUAUCAGAUGAUAAUGGUGAGGUGAAGUUAAAUAUCAAUGCCCAGAACUGCUUGCAUUGUAAGGCUUGUGAUAUUAAAGAUCCAACACAAAACAUAAAAUGGACAGUGCCAGAAGGAGGUGGUGGCCCAGGCUAUACAGUGAUGUGAUGUAAAUAAUUUCAUGGUUAUGGAUAUAUUAUGCACUAAAAACAACUUUUAUAUGGCACCUUGUGAACUACUGGGAAGGUGGCCUCUGCCUUUUUAUUACUCCAUACUAUUACUUUAAUGUUUUUAGUGUUAUUGAGGAGAUCAAAUAAGGUGGAAUUGGGAGGAAACUAAAAGGGGAUUUCAUAAUACUUGUUCCAUUAACAUCAAUCUAUUUUAAUCCAUUGAAUACAGCUUGCAACAAAAUGUUAAAAGGAAAAA